AAAAUUUGUGACAGUAAAGUGUGUUGUCGACGCCCAGUUACUCUAAUAUCCCAGAGAAACAGAAAAAAUGCAGACUAUUAAAUGCGUUGUAGUUGGGGAUGGUGCAGUAGGUAAAACUUGUUUGCUGAUUUCAUAUACUACUAAUAAGUUUCCAUCCGAAUACGUGCCAACAGUAUUUGACAAUUAUGCUGUGACUGUUAUGAUCGGCGGUGAACCAUAUACCUUAGGAUUGUUCGAUACAGCAGGUCAGGAAGAUUACGAUCGACUACGUCCUUUGAGUUAUCCUCAGACCGAUGUGUUUCUUGUCUGUUUUUCCGUUGUGUCGCCGUCAUCUUUUGAAAAUGUUAAAGAGAAGUGGGUGCCAGAAAUAACUCAUCAUUGUCAAAAGACACCGUUCUUACUGGUUGGUACUCAGAUCGAUUUGCGAGAUGAUGCAGCGACUAUCGAGAAACUUGCAAAAAACAAACAAAAGCCUAUAUCGGCCGAACAAGGUGAGAAACUUGCCAAAGAACUUAAGGCAGUGAAGUAUGUGGAAUGCAGUGCUCUUACACAGAAAGGUUUGAAAAAUGUGUUUGACGAAGCAAUUUUAGCAGCGUUAGAGCCUCCAGAACCAGUCAGAAGAAGACGAUGUAUCGUUUUGUAGAGCGCAACUAACAUCGUGUUUAAAAUAUAUUAGCGCUAUUCGGACGAUGACUGUAUGAGUUUAUUAUACAGUGUAUGCGAGAAUAUUUUCGACUAACGAUAGUUCGUCUGAUUAUCACAGAACGAUCUGUCUUUUGUUUUCGACUCGUUCGACAUACGCUCGAUUCGAAGGAAAUUUUCAUGCAGCAUGGGUGAAAACGAGCAUUUUAUGUAUAAGUGAUAUGCACACGUAUGCACGUACAUAACGUAUGCACAUUCGCACGUGUAUAUACGUAUACGCAGCAUACGCGCGCGCGUGCGCGCGUGUGCAUGUAUGCAUGAAUAUAUAUACACAUACAU